AUGCCCAGCCUGUCCCUGACCAGCAGUCCUCCAUCACGGCCAACUCCCCCCAGUUCAUAUACUGAGCGUGACGUCAUAAGAAAUCUUCACGAUCACACAGCUGUAGAUGGAGUAACGUGGGACGAACGCACUCCUGCCGCAGCACGCCUCCCUCCCGACGUGCGUACUGCCAGCCGGGACCACAGGCCUCUUGCCCGCACCUGCGGGGCGCCCUACCUGUCGGCUCUGCCUCACACCGGCCGGGCCAGGCCCGCGGCAGCCGGGGGCCCCCGGAAGUUCUGCAAUAAGUGUUUCUCUGAAAGCGUAUCUAGGGGUCCAGUUCCAGGGGACUUAGGCAAUCAGUUGGAAGCAAAGUUAGAUAAGCCAUCAGUAGUGCACUAUCUCUGCUCUAAGAAGACAGACAGUUAUUUUACACUCUGGCUGAAUUUAGAAUUGCUUCUGCCUGUCAUCAUUGACUGCUGGAUUGAUAAUAUCAGGCUGGUAUAUAAUCGAACAAGUAAGACCACAGAACCACCAGAUGGAGUGGAUAUCAGAGUCCCAGGUUUUGGGCAGACAUUUUCCUUGGAAUUCCUUGACCCAAGUAAAAGGAGUGUUGGCAGUUACUUUUAUAUGCUGGUGCAAAGUUUAGUGGACUGGGGCUACAAACGUGAUGAAGAUGUAAGAGGAGCACCUUAUGACUGGCGAAAGGCACCAAAUGAGAACAGAGACUAUUUUGUGGCCCUUCGCAAGAUGAUAGAGUUAAUGUAUGAGCAGUAUGGAAGUCCUGUUGUCUUAAUUGCCCACAGUAUGGGUAAUAUGUACACCCUCUACUUCCUCAACCAUCAGAGUCAGGAUUGGAAAGACAAGUACAUAAAGGAUUAUGUGUCAUUAGGCGCUCCAUGGGGAGGAGUGGCUAAAACUCUCCGUGUGCUGGCUUCAGGUGACAAUAAUAGAAUACCUGUUAUCAGUUCACUCAAGAUUAGAGACCAGCAGAGAUCAGCGGUUUCCACAAAUUGGAUGCUUCCCUACAACUACACAUGGCCUCCAGAUAAGGUCUUUGUAAGCACACCUACAGCUAACUACACUCUUCGGGAUUACCAAAAAUUCUACAGGGACAUCAAUUUUGAAGAUGGCUGGCUCAUGAGACAAGACACUGAACCCCUGGUCUACCAGAUGACACCGCCUGGUGUGCGCAUACACUGCCUUUAUGGUACUGGCGUGGAAACACCUGAUUCCUUCUAUUAUGAAAGUUUUCCUGACAAAGAACCCAAGAUUCUUUACAGCGAUGGGGACGGUACAGUGAACUUACAGAGUGCCUUGCAAUGUCAAAAGUGGGUGGACAUGCAAAAACAGGAAGUGGUGAUCUUUGAGCUUUCAGGAAAUGAACAUAUUCAAAUGCUAUCCAAUGAUACUACUAUCUCCUAUGUGAAAAAGCUGCUUUUUGAUUUGUGAUACCUUGUGUUGACAGUUAUUUUCCUCACCUGUGAUGCCUUCCCUUAAAUAUGGGAAAAUGCUUUUUAAUCCCUUG